AGCUCUAGUUAUAAGUUACAUUGGAUCAGCCUCUCUGGAGCUGCCCUUCAGGUGAUGACACCAGGGACCAUCUCCAAGGGUCAGGCACUUUGUAAACUCUUCACUCCUGGUGUUUUAGGGAGAGUUUCUCCCUCUGGGGCAUUCCCUUCUACUCCCAAAGACAUUAAUGAUUAACAAUGAUAACAGCUCUGCUUACUUAGAAAACUAAAAUACUUUAAAGUCAAGAAAAUCACAGUCCCUUGUGAAAGCUUGUUCCUGAUUCACCCUCCUGCUUCAGCCCAGCCCUGGAAGUUUUCCUCUGCCAGGCAAAACCUGCAUGAGAGGAGAGCAAGGAUGAGAGUCUGUGCUCCUCUCACUGUUGUCUUGGCUCUGAGUCUGAGCAGUGACUGUACAAGGAUGCACGACACAGCUGGGGCAGGAAGAGGCUCAAGGCAUGGGUUCCCUCGCCCACAAGUGUUUACAGAGGAUGGACAUUUAUGCAAAUUUCCUUUCCGGUUUGGUGGAAGGUUUUAUCACACGUGUUUAUCAAAUUCAUUUUCCAGAAAGAAAUGGUGUUCAACAACACAUAACUUUGACCGGGACAGGAGGUGGGGACACUGUGAUUUGCUGCCCGGAGACCACCUGCCCAGGGACCACCUGCCCAGGGACCACCCCAGAGAGAACCACCCCAGGGACCACCUGCCCAGAGAGCACCCCAGACAGCACCCCAGACAGCACCUGCCCAGAGAGCACUCAGUGGCCUCUCCAGAUCACUGCGCAGACAACCCCUGCCAAAAUGGAGGGACCUGUUCUCUCACUCACAGCCACAGGAUGUACCACUGUACCUGUCCCGAGGAAUUCACAGGCGAGGACUGUCAGCUGAAGAAAUGUUUUGACAACAGCCUCUAUGAAUUCUUUGAUGUGGAAGUGAGCUGGUCGAGAGUCCAAGGAGGAGCAGUGGAGCAGUGCACGUGUGUGCAUGGCCAGAUGCAGUGUGAGCGCGUGGAACACAUGAGUUGUGUUGAUAAUCCUUGCAUGAAUGGUGGAGAGUGUAAGAUGGUUGUCUCCACUGGGAAAACAGUAUGUGAUUGCAAAGAAAAUUAUGCAGGAAUGUAUUGCAAUAUUGUCCCGAGCCAACGGUGCUACAUCGGCAACGGCACGGAUUACAGAGGGACAGCCAACACAACCAUCUCUGGACACAGCUGCUUGCCUUGGAAUUCUGACCUGUUUUACCAAGAGCUUCAUGUUGACACCAUUGGGAAAGCAGUGGAGCUUGGCCUGGGACCCUUCCCUUACUGCAGAAAUCCAGAUGAUGAUGAUAAGCCCUGGUGUUACAUCAUGAAGGACAGCAGUUUGUCUUGGGAGUAUUGUGACAUUCCAAGUUGUGCAAGCAGGGAAAGGAGGCCACUAGUUCCAGCCACAGUAGAUAGUUCUGCAAUCACCAAAAGACCAUGUGGAAGAAGACAUAAAAAAAGAAGUUUUGUGAGACCUAGGAUUGUUGGGGGAUCCUCAUCUCUGCCUGGAUCUCACCCCUGGACAGCAGCUAUAUAUAUUGGAGAGAGUUUCUGUGGUGGCAGCCUGGUUCAGACCUGCUGGGUUGUGUCAGCAGCACACUGCUUUGCUCACAGUCCACUAAAAUCUACCAUUCGAGUAGUUCUGGGUCAACAAAUAUUUAAUAAAACAACUGAUGUAACACAGACAUUUGAGAUAGAGAAAUACAUCUUGCAUCCUCAGUAUUCCGUGUUCAAUCCUACUGAACAUGAUAUUGCUUUGAUUAAGCUGAAGAAGAACGGCCAACGUUGUGCUGUCAAGUCCCAGUUUGUUCAGCCCAUCUGCCUGCCAGAAAGUAACACUGUUUUCCCUGACCAGUUGAAAUGUCAGAUUUCUGGAUGGGGACACAAGCAUGAGAAUAUAUCUGGUUAUUCAGAUGUCCUGCAAGAAACACUGGUUCCACUUAUUUCGGAGGAGAAGUGCAGAAGUCCUGAAAUUUAUGGAACAGAACUCACAGAAAAUAUGUUCUGUGCUGGCUACUUUGAUAGCAAAUCUGAUGCUUGUCAGGGAGAUUCUGGAGGACCUCUGGCUUGUGAGGAAAAUGACAUCUCUUACCUCUAUGGAAUUAUCAGCUGGGGAGAUGGCUGUGGCAGAGUCAACAAACCUGGAGUAUACACAAGAGUGACAAACUAUGUCCAGUGGAUUAAUGAGAAAAUAGGCUCCCGAAAAACAAGCUGAAUAGUUAAAUACACUAACAUUUGAAGCAGGGUUCUGGAGUCUUCUGGUUUUAUUGAAAUGGCAUAUAUAUUUUAUUAUAAGCUGGUAUGAAAACUCUCGUGGUAAUUCUUAGCAGUUCCAAGCCAGGCCACCAAAAGCAGCCUGCUCCAUCUGAUGUCAGCUGCCUUGAUCUAUCAUUCAAGAACUGUGGAUUGCUCAAUGCACCUGACUGCCUUUAUUUGUCUUAAAAAAAUCUCAAACAUAUUGACACAGUGCACAAAAAUCUGCAACUCUCUGUCAGCUUGGUGGAUUAUCUAAAAAGGGAUUUGAUGUGUUCUGCAGUUUCUGGUGGAGCUGUCAUCCCCCAAACCAUCCUGCAACAAUAUUGUCCUUGUAUUCUCAGUUGAAAUGAAAAAAUAAACACGAGAAUCAAAAAUGAAAUUCCCUCUCCCUGAGAAAUGAUCGUUUGAAGCUCAGGGCAAGAGACAGCAAGAGAACAAUGUAGGUAAAGCUGCUCCUCAGCUAACUGCAACAACAAGUCUGGGGAAAGAAACCAGAGGGUUUAGGUUUUAUUUCAACCAAACACGUAAGCAUAUUUUUAUAUAAACAUAUUUCUGUGUUCCACUGACGUAAAAUCAGGAACGUGCCUCAGAGCUCUGCUGAAUCUGGUGUGCAAUUUCCCAGCAAGGUUAAUGCAACACCUCCUGAGAGCUCAGUCUUCCUUAAAAAUGUUGUUAUCUGGAGCAGCUGAUUUAGGUUGAUACAGCCAGGACCUUCUGCAGACUGUGAUCUGCUCCUUGCCCUGAGGAUAGCAAUGGAAACACUUCACCUUGCUGAUAAAUCCCUCAAUGUUUCUUUAAUUUGACAGUGUUUUGAAGAUGUCUUAGGUUUUGUACUAACAAGUUGUUCAACUAUUUAGAUAAUUCAGAAAGGAGGUUUCUUGUAACAGAUUUUUCAACUGGAUAGCUGGGGUGCAGCUUGACAUUUUCCUUAGGGAUUUGGUGACAUCAUAAACCACAGCCUUUACUGUCAUGGCCUAUGGAAUUAUUAUGGGACCAACCAAAGCAAUUAUUACAAUAAUUGCAGAUGUUUAGAGGCAGUGGAAUCAGUUGUAUGAGCAAAAACAGGCAGAAAAUUAUUCAACAGAAAAAGUCUGAGAAAGAAUGGAAAAUUCUUUUUUUUUUCCUUUAGCCAUGUCAGAUGUGUAUAUUUAGGUGUUGAUGUGAAAAGUAUUUUUCCCCUGGCAGUGAACAUUUAUGAACUCUCUUAAGUUUUUCAAGCAAAGUUGUUUUUUAAAGUAAUAGAAUUUUAAAGUGGUGCCUAGAUAUUCAGAUAUGUUUUUUGUUUGUAGUUUCCUCAUGGGUUUCUUAGUAGAGGUGAAUGUUAUUUACAGUAAAAAGAGAUUUUUAAAGGAAAAAUAACCAAAACCUACAUCUGUAAGUAAAAAUAUACAACAAUGCUAAUCUAGAUAAAUGAUGUAAACUGUUUAAUAAAAACAUUUACCCUCUGUUUCUUGAA